AUGUCAGUCGCGUCCCGAGAGCAUGGCGCUCUCAAGGAGACAGCCGAGCAGGUUGUCUGGUUAGACGAUACAGACUCGGAAUCUAGCCUCGAAGGCUCGGACGACAACGACGUCGCUUCCAUAGUCAGCAGCAGCAGCAGCGCAUCCUAUGACAAGGAAGCCCUUAACGACGCGAUCCUUUCCGCAGAUCCGAAGCGUCUCAAGCUCACCUUGCUCCAGAUGUGUGCAGAGGAGGCGGUCAUCCGGCGUCUGGUACGCAAGGUGCUCCUAGUCCCGGCUCGGUCGACGACAGCGGACGACAACAACAAGGCGGCGGCGCCGGAGCCGAAGACGGGCGUAAAACGGCUCCGAAAGGCGUACGAGAUGUGCUCCCAGUGCGCGGAGGAGUAUGAGGUGGAGGAGAACGAGAUGUCCAGGGGACUCUGCGUGUAUCAUCCCGGCGUGAAAGAGGUCGACGAUGAUGCAGACACCUGGGCCGACCAUGACGACGACUGUCACGGACCACCGGACGCGUACAUCGACGACCCCAGCUACCAGGACGGGUUCGUUUGGAGUUGUUGCGAUGGAGAGGGCGAUGCUGAGGGAUGCGAGAGGACGAGGCACCGACGAGAGAGGCGCAACCGGGCGAGGCAUUGA